CUUGCCCAUUGUGUAACACUCUAAGCAGCUAUGCCGUCGAUGAAAGGCUGAAAUAACUGAGCAAAAUUUGAAUCUUGAACAAAAUUGAGAUUUAGCUUAUCGUUGCGGCAGUGGUCCCAGGAGCCUUUGACGUAAACAUUAUGGUUUGUAGCUGAUUUGCAGAAAGGUUGAUGUAACGAAAUCGCCAUACCGGUGAGCAGUCCUCAAAGAUUAGCACCCGAAUAGCACCCGAAAAUUAGGAAUAACGCAGUAUCUCCAUUUAAUUCAUAAACACCACCAGACGAGCCGAUAAAGAUCGUCGAGGCGAUCCGUAGUUAUGUUUCCAUCCCGUCUAAAGUGACAAUUGAGAGACCUCGGGACCUACGUUCCGCGACUCCCCAAAAUGGUAUUACCCUGCAAUCUAGAUACUACUUACAAUUUCGUGUCCCGACCGCGAAAUUCUAGAUUCGAAUUCUUCUCUUAUCAAAUACUGUAGAUGGUUUCUUGUAGUUAAAAUAUCGUCACGGCGUGUCUAGUUAAGCUACUUGAAGCCGCAGGGCUAGAGGCAUGUAACACGAAUGACUACCCACAACCUAACAUAAGUCGCACCGGCUUACCUGGGCAUUGUACCAAUGGCAGCCAUCGAACCCCUUAAAAAGCCAAGCACCCGCCGACAAGUCGCCGCCUUACUCCUCAUAUGCACAAUUGGGACGCUCCUCCUAGUCCACCAAACCCUCCUGCCAAGCCCCGGGCGGAGUAUCCCAUCAUCCCUCUCCUUCGCACCGCAACGGCCGCCCUCCGACAUCCUCCUCCAACAACAAGGCGAUCCCAACCGGGAACAAGACAUCGACCUCUCAAACCCUCGCGCCCCAUUCAUAGCCUGGCCGCUACGCCGCGUCUGCGCGGAGACUACAUACAUCCCCGGUCUAACCUUCAUAUGCGAUAACAACAGCGGCGGUCCGGGGAACAUCCGGAAUUACAUCCUAACCUGUCUGCGGUACGCCCUAGACGGCGGCGCCACAGCCCUAGUCCUCCCACGCAUCCGCUCCCGUUCCCCAUCCGACCCGGCGAAUUUAUUCCGCGAGUACCAGCCCUUCUCAUACAUGUUCGAUGAAUCACACUUCCGGAACGCGAUAGCGGAUUCCUGUCCCCGCCUCACCAUCUACGAGAAUCCCGAGGAUGUACCCGGAGCUACGGAAAAAGCACGUCGGGAGAACCGCGAUGUGGAUCGGAUUAUAGAACGCGUCACGCCGAAAGAAUUCGGCGGAAGCCGCGCGGGGUGCGAUCAGCGGGAUCCGAAUCGCCAUACGGAUCGCUUCGGUGCUGCGUUCCGGGAUUGGGUGAGGGGUAGUGCGGUGGAGAGAGGCUGGGCGCCUGCUAAUGAUGUCGAUAACCCUCGUUUAAUCCGUCUGUCGUGGGGUGUACUGUGGGAUUGGCCGAUCUACCGAGAUGGGCCUGAGUUUGCCGCUACGUUUGGUGGGCUGCUUAAAAUUCGGGACGAUAUCCAGGAUAUAGCAGAUGCCAUCACGGUGUCAAUGCGAACACUUGCGACUUCGACCAGGGGCACCGAAGAUGCAGCAGGACAAUCGUUUCUAGGAGUGCAUCUGCGUACGGAGGCAGAUGCGUUAUCGCAGUGGCCUUCUUAUGAAAAUCAGACCAAGGGCUAUCUCCGCGAGGCGGCGAGCCAAGGUUAUCAAGGGCGCGCAGCAUAUCUAGCCUCCGGAAAUGAGACCGAAACCCGUAAAUUUGCUCGGGAGGCCAAGGCGACACUACAAUUAGAUGUACGAUCCAAAUACGACCUCCUCGAAGGACACGAGAGCGAAUUGGGAAAAUUAAGGGCGUUGAGUUGGGACCAACAAGCGCUUGUAGAUUUUGUUGUACUACUGAACUGUGAUUACUUCGUCGGCGUAAGCCCAAGUAGUUUCAGUAUCAAUGUGGCGUUAAAGAGACAUCUGCAAGACGAGGGGUUAUAUACCCGACCGUGGAAAGUAGGAGGGCGUGGCGAUGGGAGAAGUUGGCUUGUCGGGCGCUAUAAUCAGUAUUGGGAAGAUUGGUUAUUCAUGUUCGACGGCAUGUGGCCGUAACUCAACGAGCAGGAAGAUGAACGACGAGGGCGCACCAGCGCUAACACAUUUCCCCAAAGUAUCUAUUUCACUCGACUAUUCGCUUUUGUCGGUUUAGGCGUUGGGCCAGGAUAGACAGGGCGAGGCGGCAUG